AUGGAAGAAGACUUCGACUGGUUGCCAGAUUGGCUACCACCAAUUUGGAAAACCGCCAAUACGAAUACCGAAAAUGUGAAGUUGAACGAAAUCAACCCAGGGGCCUCUGUCAAUCCCGAGCAUCCGAGUGCAUUGCAAAUACUUCCACGAAGAACCGUAGAAAUCAAACCACGAGGCAAAAAGACCGUGAACAGAAAACUGAAGGGCAUUCACAUAUUCAUGAUUACCAUCAACGCAACUCUCGGGACCGGUCUCUACUGGCGUGGUGGCCAGGUGCUCGAAGUUGGAGGUGCUUUAGCUGUUCCCCUGACGUUCUUUAUUGUCGGGUGUCUUUCUUGGGCAGUUAUGCAAUGUAUCAGUGAAAUGCUGUGCAUUUGGCCCGUUCCCGGUGCUUUGGGUGUUUUUGUUGGAGAGUUUGUGGAUGAGGAACUGGGGAUCGCUACAAGCAUUGCACACUGGUUCACAUACGCAAUGUCAUUCUCCACCUUAGUGCCCACGGCAGCAGGCGAGCUUGAUUUCUGGCCGAAAAUUACUACGAAUAAAGCUGUACUGGGAGGAGUCAUUUACUUUUUGAUUCCCGUUGCUCUCUUAUUCGUGAAUCUAUUCAAAGUAGAGACCUAUGGAAUGAUUGAGGUUGUUUCAGGAUCUAUCAAAAUGUUGUUUCUUGUGAUAAUAGCAGGGAUUUUGAUUGCGAUAAACCGCGGGGAGACAGCUGGCCCUGAUAAUACUGGACCUAUCGGUAUUAAGUAUUGGUCUCCUCCAACGGCCUUUGACGAAGAUGCUACGGGGAACUGGUUCAUUGCCCUUCUAAUGUGCAUCUCAAUUGCAACCUUUGCUUAUGUCGGCGUCGAAGUUGUGGCAGCAUCUGCUCUCGAGGCUGAGAUCAACGAAAAGCCAUCAAAGCAUGCCCCCUUUUCGCGGUUUAAAAGGCUACUUGUCAUGGAUAGUACAGUCAAGUUCUCAGCAAUCUAUAUACCCGUGAUAGCCACUGCCGGGUAUACCAUCAGUGGCCUCCUCGCAAGCCUCGACAUGAAACGGAAUAAUUGUGGUUUGCCGAAGCCAACAUGGCUGUCAAUACCAUACGAUGCCCUAUAUAACUGUACGGGUGAUGGCAGCAGAUCUGUAUUUGUUCUUAUUGCUGCCGACUCACACAUUCCGCAUUUGGAUGAUGUCGUGAAUUUCUUUCUUGUAUUCACCUGCUUGACUGCCAACAGUACAAAUCUUUAUAUCGCCUCCCGUGCGUUGUUUGGUUUAGCUAGUCGACUCGAUGAAGAGUCCGCUGGGAGAUGGCACUUGCGAUUCUUCGCAUGGUUUGGCACGACCAAUAGCAAUCGUGUUCCUGUUCGUGCGCUCGUAUUCUCUGCAUUGGCAUUUGGCUGGAUACCAUUCCUGCAAUUGAUUCAUGGAAUUGAUGCCCCCAGCGGCGUGAACCAGGCGAGUGGGACACUGAUAAUCAAAGAAAGGAUUUGGUACCCAAUGAGCUAA